UUGGAAAAAGAACAAAGCCGAGUGGUUUAACGGGGAUCAGAAAUGAUAAGAUCGAUGACGCCACGUCCUGAGCUGAGCAGAGUGUCUGUGGGUUCAGUAUCAGGCCUCACAGUUUGCUACUCCGGACCUAGACUUCAUAUCAGCACCAUGGACAGAAACAGCACGCCGUGGGGCUCCGGCCCUCACCCUCCAACCAUCCACUUCGCCGCGGUGUUGGGGACAGUGGCGCCCACCAUCUUCCCCCGCGUGGGCUACAGCGUCCUGUCCUUCCUCAUGUUCAUCAACACGGUGCUAACAGUCCUCAAUAACGGCCUGGUCAUAGCUGUGAUGAUGAGGUACCCGUCUCUCCUGCAGCCCAUGAACGUGUUCAUCCUCAGUCUCGCGGUGUCUGACCUCAUGAUUGGCCUUUGUGGAUCCCUGGUGGUCACCAUCACCAACUAUCAAGGCUCCUUCUUCAUUGGACACGCGGCAUGCGUCUUUCAGGGAUUUGCGGUCAAUUAUUUUGGUCUGGUGUCACUGUGGACUCUCACCCUGCUGGCCUAUGAGCGCUACAAUGUGGUGUGUAAGCCGCGAGCUGGCCUGAAGAUGAGCAUGCGGAGAAGCAUCAUUGGGCUGCUGUUCAUCUGGAUCUUCUGCUUGUUCUGGGCCGUGGCUCCUUUGUUUGGCUGGAGCUCGUACGGCCCAGAGGGAGUCCAGACCUCCUGCUCUCUGGCCUGGGAGGAGCGGUCAUGGAGCAACUACAGCUAUCUCAUCCUCUACACACUUCUGUGUUUCAUCUUCCCUGUAGCAGUCAUCAUCUACUGCUACGGCAAAGUGCUCAAAUCCAUGAAUAGGCUCAAUAGGAGUGUGGAGCUCCAGGGUGGGCGAUCCAGCCAGAAAGAGAAUGAGCAUGCCAUCAGUAUGGUCCUGGCUAUGGUCAUAGCAUUCUUUGUCUGCUGGCUGCCCUAUACAGCAUUGUCUGUGGUGGUAGUCGUGGAUCCAGAGCUCUAUAUCCCACCUAUCGUUGCUACCAUGCCCAUGUACUUUGCCAAGACCAGCCCUGUCUACAACCCUAUCAUCUACUUUCUGUCAAACAAGCAGUUCCGUGAUGCUGCUCUGGAGGUGCUGUCCUGCGGUCACUACAUUCCCCACGCAACCACCGCCACCAUCAGCAUCAACAUGCGCCCUUUGAACAGGAGGAGCCGGCUGACUUCAUUAAGCAGGAGUGUCAACACGCACAGCAAGGUGUUGCCUCUGUGACAAACAAAGACAAGAAGCUGCCAUGCACGGUUGUCGGUGCCUUGUCGUGGACACAGACCGGCACAUCCCCAGGUCUCUGAGAGAGAUCUGCACUGUGGGCCGGGGGGAAUACAAUCAGCUCAGAGACUGAAAGCUGAUAUCCUGAAGUUGGAUAGAAUAAGUGGAAAAGCCUUUGAUUUGCUAUAAUGCAAUCCAAUCUAAUACCUGUUAAAGAGUGCUCAUUUUGUUGUUAGGAUUGUGUACGAGGAGAGUGUAUCAGUUUGUUUCGGUAUUUUAUAGGAUUUCAUUGUACUGAAUGGUGUUCCUGUAGUUAUCAUCCACCCCAUUUUUCUAGAACAAUCUAAGUAUUCAUUUUUAGUUUUAUACAUGUGCUUUGUGACGAUCACUAAACUGUAACCUUUUUCACAUUUAUGUUUGCAGGUGCAUGUUGUAUGCAUGUGGAGACAAGCCAAAAGAUGUUGAAAGAAGAGAUAAAAACUGACUGAAAUGAUUGUUUUGUAUGAAAUGUUGUAAUCUUUCUUCCGUCUGUAUGCGGUUUUAACAAAAUAAGGCAAGUUAAAACACAGCCGGGCUGCAGAGAUACACUGCAAGGAAGUGACAGCUGACCUUUUCCCUCCUAAUUUUUAUGUUAAAAAUAAAAUGCAAUGGACCUGUUUCCAUGUAACGUCACCAUGCAA